UCCUGUAAAGGAAAAUACCAUAACAUUGAAAAGUGCGUCCUGACAAGCCUACGCGGACUACACAGGCUUAUAUGGAUCGACACUUUACGCUUAUGCAUUAAGCCCCGUUUUCUCAGAUUGAGGCCCAUAUCAGGACAAGAAGAGUUGUGCGCGCAUCCAGAACUGAAGAUUUGGAAAUCAACUGUUAUACGAUGACUUUGGACAGAAAUCAGGAGUACAGCACAGUUGCAAAGCCUGCUCGGAAUCAGACCAACACUGGUCCCCAAGAUAAAAACAUGGAGACUUCCGGUCACUAUCAGAAAGUGUGUUUCGACGACGCCAAAUUAGAGCGCACGCUCAGCACGCCCGAAUCAGUUACGUCAUGGCACGAAUCAUUCGAAUAUUCAGGUAAAAGUCAAACUUCUGCUAGCAGCAAAGCGAGUGACCACAAACACUACGAAACCAUCUCAAACCCCAACAUGGGCGAUCAUGCUUUCGGAAGAAACGGAAAGUAUCGUCCAAUGCCGAAGCUCACGCGAUUUAUGUCAGACAGUACCGAAAAAAUAUUGCACAGCGAAAGAGGAACAAACAAAACCAUAAAAGCUGUAUUCGGCGCAUUCGUAGGCGUUCUCAUUGGCGCAGGAUUGUACAUUCUGUGUGUUUUCAGCUUUGGCUACACAUACGAAUCCGCGGCUAUAAUUGUUUCCAUAGCAACGGUCAUCCUUAGUGCGGCACUUGCACUUUCGAGUCAUUGCAGAUGCAUCGCAAGUCUGUGUGUGCCGAACUUUUUUACCGGAAAAGGCCGAGCGGUUCUACUCACGGUCCUGUUGUCGUUGAUUGUGAGUUACCCCCUAGAGAAUAUCGCAAACAACGCCAAGAAAACCGGAAAGAGCAUGUCGUGUUUGGUGGAGUUGGCUGCCAAUCAAAGUCGAUACCUGCAGGAACAAGCACGCCAGCCGGUUGACAAAUUAAAAGCUUACAUCGAUAACCAAUACGCCACUUUGAAAGAUGCAAGCAGGACUAUCAGAGACGCUUUUGCUGACGUCACGAAUGCGUUGAACGAGGCGAAUAAGGCGGUGGAUAUAUCGAAACAGUCGAUCAACGCAGCAAGAAAGGAAUGUAAAACUAGUGUAUCUAGUGCAUCACAAAAAUGCUACGAUUUUUGCAGCAAACUGGUAUUGCCGGGGUUACGAAACCCAUGCGAUUCAGUAUGUAGUGUCAUUUCAACGGUCGGGGAUCAGUGCGAACGGCUAAGCGCAAUCGAUGACGCUUUAACCGCAGUUGCAAAGAGAGCUAGAGACGCCCUUGAUAAAGCAAUAAGCUAUAUUGACGUCCGUUUUGAAAUAAAAGCAGACUUUAGCGCCAGUGCAAAUACUUCAAAGAACUUUACAGACAUUCAAAAGGAAGUCAACGAGAAAAUCGAAUCAAAAGCAAAGACGAUAUUUGCCUUUUUCGGAAUUGGAAAGAAAGUCUUAUCUCUGUCGCUUUUGGCUAUAUUCGUUCAAUCAUUCUUUUAUCUCAGAAAUUAUUUGGCAAAGGACAGUUUUGAUAACAUCUACAUUACUGCACAGUUUCGGGACCUAGACGCAGAAAAUAAAGCACACGGAAGGGAAUCGGUUCUUCCAUUAAAGAAAAAAGAAGAACAUAAAUAUGUCAAUACGCAGUCCAAGAAACUGAAUUCAGGUGAACUAGCCUAUUGUAAACUCGGACUUGUACAAGUUCUGCUACAUUUUGUCCUGUGUCUCUUAAUCGUCGUGUUCGAUCUUGCCCUUUAUUACAUCCUUGACCUCGUCAGAAUACAUGGAAAGGUCGACAUUGAGGUUAAAGGUCAAGGAGAAGUCACGAUUCAGGUCAACGGUAAAGGGCCGGUUGCAGAUUUCUAUCGUAUUCUUAUUGCUGAUCUAAACGUAGAGAAAAACUACACGUCAUUCGUGAAUGUCAGCGACUGCCUCCCUGAUCCGACUCGUCCCAACUACGGCAUGUACCCGGUCUUCUUGAUCAUGUACGUCUUCGUCACUUUGAUCGUCAUCUUGCAAGGAUACGGUAUGCGUCUCAGACGGAAAAUUUCCGCGUACUAUUAUCCGGAGCAGGAAUUCGCGAGACUGGACUACCUACAUAAGAAAAUUCGACAUCAGAGAGUGGGUCUACUAAAGUUCCUCCGAAAUCUGAUCAUUUCUGCCCACAAAGAAUCGCGGGUGAACGACCGUCUGCGAUUUUCAACAUGGCUCCGUUUUAAGAUUCCCAUUUUGAACAAGAUUAUGUCAGAGAAAGAGAAACCGCAGUGCCUUAGCUGCGAGCACUCGGAGAGCAGUUUUAGUCACGUGCAUAUAAGGCGAUGUUCGUCAAAGAUCGGAGGAGUACCAUGCGAUGGCGUUUACUGCGAUGAGUGCUGGGGAUAUUUAAGCGGCUCAUGUCCACUGUGUAGCAAGGAUGACGUCAUACGAAGGUUUUGAAUGAGUAUCUACUGAUCGCACACAGAAGCAAAAUUUUGAGUGUUUUCAUUUGACCCUUAGGUCGACUUUUUGAGGCAUCUUAUUUUCUUUACACAUGCAAACAAAUAUUAUCACUACCGAAAAUGUUAGGCGAAGAGUCUGUUUCAAUACUUGACCAGUCGAUAUAAGUGAAAGCUUUUGGGUCGGAACUCACGAAGUUUUCGAGGAUAUAUCCACUUAAUGUGUACUUCAGUGCAAAAUUCUGACUAAAAGUAUCAUUACAAUCUACUGGUUGACGUUUACUAAAGGAUACUAUAUUAAUAUGUUGAACAAUAAUAACGUGUUUAAAUUGUUUAAUGUGAAACAAAACACGAUAAUAUUAUAAGAGCCAAAGACGCGAUUGUUUUUGUAUAAAUUUUUAUAUAUUAUUAAUAUUAGUUUUAUUUUGGUGUUACAUGUAUGCGGGCAAUAUAAUUAGAAGUGCCUUUGUUAAGCUGUUUCAUGGAGCAAAAAGCGAUGUUUGAAGUAUAGCGUUGACAUACAACCGGGCAGCACAUGCGAUUCUUGGAAGACAUUUUAGCGUUCUAGCUGAAAGACAAUUUUAAUAGUGUUCUGAAAGCAGAAUAUUAACGUUAAGAGGACAUGAAGACUGGCUGACUUUUACUGCAGCCGUUUCGUUCACAUGCCCUUGAUGUACAUUUUACCGGUUUAGAUUGCUUCCUGAAUUUGUCUUCACGUUAUAUACUGCAUAAAAAUAUGAUUCGUGUUCUGAGAAAACUAGGAAUAAUGCAUGUGCGUAAAGUGUCGUCCCAUAUUGGCCUGUGCAGUCCGCACAGGCUAAUCAGGGACGACACUUUCCGCUUUUAUUGUAUUUUUAGUUUCAAGGAAGUCACUCCUUACCGAAAAUCAAGUUAAAGCGGAAAGUGUCGUCCCUGAUUAGCCUGUGCGGACUGCACAGGCAAAUCUGGGACGACACUUUACGCACAUGCAUUAUGCCCAGUUUUCUCAGAACGCGACAUAUAUUAUUGAUUUCAUCGUGUUCCAUGUUUAAUCGAGUUUCGCCUGUGCGUUUAUCUGAUGUUUAGUUUAUAAAUGAUUAAAUGCUGAUAUUUUCACUAUUAGUUUUUGUUGAUGUUUUUAUUGAUUUGUGCACUUUUUCAUUUACAUUUUGUGUUGUAGGAUAAUUUUGUUUAACCCAUUUAUGCCUAGUGGACUCUCCCAUCCUUAUAAAUUGGAUAUAUAUCAAUUUAUUUCCAAAAUAAGGGAUGGCUUGUAUAUUUAUUUCUAUAUUUAGAAUAUUUCUUACAGAAAUUCAGUUAAGCAAACAGCGCAGAACCUGAUGAGACGCCGGAUCAUGCGGCGUCUCAUCUGGGUCUACGCUGUUUGCCAAUGCAUUUUUUCUAGACGCUGGGCCUAAAUGGGUUAACAAAUCGCGUCUAUUAUUAUUCAUAUCCUUUCUAUCUUUAUUGCGUGUACACUUUUCCUGUGUUUUGUUUACAUAAAAAACCUAUUGCAUUUGUACUUUACUGAAAAUGUAUUAUGUACUGUUUAGAUUCCGAUAAUACUUGUGUACUUGUACCACUUAUAAAGGCAUUAUAUAUUUUGAAGAUAUGUUAUUCAAUACAACAUAUACAUAGAUUUAGAAAAAUAUCCUGUAUGGAACCAAUGAGAUCUACUUUGUUGAUGUUAUUGUAUUUUAAUAAUUUAAAAUAAAUCAUAUAUGUA